AUGGACCCCCAGACGACGCUGCCCCGGGCGCUCAUGCUCAUUCUGUUUUUGCACCUGUCGCUGCCACGCUGUCGUUCCUACCCGCUAGGUGGCCCCGGCCCGGCCUCGGAACUGCGCGGGAUACAGGAACUGCUGGGCCGUCUACGAGGCAGGGUCUUGGAGCUGCAGGCCGAGCAGAUGGACCUGGACCCCCUUCAGCAGGGCCACGGCCUCGCAGAAGCCUGGGAGACCCGGGCGGCCGCCCCCGCGGGACUCCUCGGGCCCGGCAACAGCGUCCUCCAGGCCCUGCGGGGAAUACGCAGCCCCAGGAUGAUGCGCGACUCCGGCUGCUUUGGGCGGAGGCUGGACCGGAUCGGCUCCCUCAGCGGCCUGGGCUGCAAUGGAAAAUGGCGGCUUCAGUGGCUCAUCCCUUGCCUGGCCUUGGAGAAGGACAUGGGAGGCAUUAAGGGAAAUUCCACGGGCCACAGCUGCAUCCCACCUCGCUCCAGCAGCCAACUUCUCCAGGGGAGCUUUCCCGGCGAGAUGUGA